AUGGCAAGUUUUACCAACAGUACCCCUACCACCAACACGAGCAACAGCAGCAUCAGUUGCAAGAACAAGAGAAGACACAGCAGUCUGAGCUUGCCUCUGACCGCCCAACAGGCUCCCACACGUUCUUGCCGUGCUCGCAUUGUCCGAACAAACAGCAAGGACGGCAAAGACGAUCACGAACAACGAAAGCAACAGUGCAUCGACGACGUUGCUGCCUUGAACGAAGUCGGAAUUGCCAACCUAUACGCGGGAGAUGCACGGGUAGCUCAAGAAUCCUUCAUUAAUGCCCUCUCCAGCUGCUCUCCUGCCACUUCUUCUUAUCUUCAAAAGAAGGGUAACCAAAUGAACUUAUCCGUUGCCUCCGCCUCCUCUUCCAGUGCCUCCAACUCCAGCAGCAACGGAUUCACUUCCACUCCUCAGCUCAACCUAAACACCAGCACCACUGGUACCAGCAACGAACAAACUACCACAGUCUCGGGCACCGAUGCAACCGCCAAGAGCAAUGACGCCUCCAACUCUGACUCCAACUCAGCCAACAUGCACGUCUACCAACGCGAAGAAUACGAUGAGGGCAUGCACAUCUACAAGGAAGCACUCUACUUGGACACUGAAGCCAGCACUCUCUUCAGAGACGCCACUCUCAUGUACAAUGUCGGGCAGACACACUUGAGAACUCGCCAGUAUCACGACGCCAAGCGAUGGUUCAGCCUCAGUCUUGCUACCUACGUGGAGUGGAACAGCUCGAACGACACCAAGGCCGUGGCUGCUUCUACCUCUUCCUCCGAGACCAUUCUCAAUGACGUCAAGAUCCACCACAACAUUGCCUUUUGCUACUACUGCUUGGGAGAGAAUGAACAGGCAAUGCUACACUACCAAACCGCCUUUGCACGCCUUCAGGAACUCGCACUCGGUGACAGCGACAUUGCCGCUUGCUGCAACAGCAUUGGCAUUCUUCACCUUUGCAGAGGCGACUCGGUCAAGGCCAUGGAAUGCCUUCAGCUCGCUCUCAACAUCUACAAGCGCUUGCUCGGAGCCAAGGCUUCACCUGUGGCUACAUGCCUCAGCAACAUUGCCCGUGUCUUCUUCAGUCGACAAGAGUUUGCCACUGCAUUGGCUCUCUUCCAAGAAGCGCUCCAGAUCAGACAGUUUCAGGCUAACAAGAAGGACGGUCACGCCAUUAGCAGUCCCGUCGAUGAGGCUGCUGCCAUGUUCAACAUUGGACAAACGUUCCAAAAGUUGGGCAAAGUACAAGAAGCGCUGGGUCACUUUGAAGCAUUCCGCAAGUUGGCCGAACCCGUCUUGGGAAAGACGCAUCGAGACAUUGCUACCUGUAUCAAGGCCAUGGCUUGCAUCCACUACGAGACUGGCAACAUCAACCAAGCCUGCCAGCUUUUGGAAGAAGCCGUCGAGUGCAGCAAGACCGGAAAGCCUUCUCUGGAAUUGACUUGUCUCCUGAGGGAUAUGGGAUGCCUCUACAGCAUGACCAAUCAACAUGAAAAGGCAAUGGCCCGCCACAUGGAAACCCUUCAAAUGCAGCAACAAUUGUACGGAGAAGACGAUCGCACCAAUCCCAACAUUAUGGUCACUCUUCUGCACAUUGCUCAAAACCAAAAGAAGCUUGGCAAGUAUACCAAAGCCCUCAAAGUCUACCGAGGAGUAUACGACAUUCAACUCGAAGUCUUUGGACCCCAGAGCUUGGAAGUGGCUGCCACACUUUGCAGCAUUGGUCUAAUGCUUUACCUCAAGCAAGACCUGCAAUCGUCACUCAACUACUACCAGGAGGCACUACGAGUUCGAACGGAACAUUUCAAAACCAUUGACAACUUUGACAUUGCCGCCACCUUCAACUCCAUCGGACUCAUUGCCUUCAAAAUGAAGAAGCUUGACCUGGCCAAGGAUGCGUUCCAAAACUGCAUCCGCAUCCGCAUCAAAUUGGAGGCUACAGCCUGUCACAGGGAUAUCGUCACGCUCUACUCCAAUCUUGGAACCGUCUACCUGGCCAAUGGUGAGGACAAGGAAGCCAUCCAAAUGUUCACCGAGUCCAUCCGCCUCGAACGCAAGACAUUGGGCGAAAACCAUUUGGGAGUCGCAGUGUCUCUCCAGCACUUGGCUCAAUUGCACCAAGAUCGAGGUGAAUUGGAAUUGGCACACGAGUACUUUGCCGAGGCUUUGAAGAUCACCAAGGGCGUCGAUGAGUCCAUGAUGGCAAACAAACAACGAACCGUUUGCACUUUGCUCAAUCUCAUGGGAAACAUUCACUUGAUGAAAGCAGAGGUGCCGCAAAUGAUGGAAUGCUUUGCCGAAGCAAGCCGAGUCAGUUGCGACAAUGACAACCCAAACAGCAGUGGUGAUCAGUUCAAAAACUUGGUCAUUGCUGGAUACACCUUUUAUGGAAUCAGUAAAAUGCACCCACCGUGCGCACCGGAAGCCUAG